AUGGCGCCGCGGCCAUGGCGCGGGCGGCGCCGCCGGCGGCACCGGCACCGGCACCGGGACCAGGACCAGGACCAGGACCGGCACAGGGACCAGGACCAGAAUCGUCAUCGGCAUCGCAGCCGGGACCAGGACCGGCACCAGGACCGGGACCAGGACCGGGACCAGGACCGGGACCAGGAGCGGCCCCGGCGCUACCGGCGCCACCCGAAGCCGCCCUACUCGUACCUGGCGCUCAUCGCGCUCGUCAUCCGCGCCGCCCCCGGCCGCCGCCUCAAGCUCGCCCAGAUCAUCCAGGAGAUCAGCAGCCUCUUCCCCUUCUUCUCGGAGGGCUACCAGGGCUGGAAGGACUCCAUCCGCCACAACCUCUCCUCCAACGCCUGCUUCGCCAAGGUGCUGAAGGACCCGGCCAAGCCCAAGGCCAAGGGCAACUACUGGACGGUGGACGUGAGCCGCAUCCCGCCGGACGCCCUCAAGCUGCAGAACACGGCCGUGGCGCGGCAGGAGGCGGCCGCCUUCGCCCGCGACCUGGCGCCCUUCCCGCCGCCCGCCGCCGACCUCGACGUGCCGCCCAACAAGAGCGUCUACGACGUGUGGCUGAGCCACCCCGGUGACAUGGUGCACCCCGCGCUCUACGGCUAG